AUGUCGAUUGAAGGAAAAAAUGACUUGGUGUUUAUAGACUCUGACUCGAACGAUGGAGAUCAGGAGUAUCCAUUAUCAAAGAAACAAAGGACAGGGGAAGAAACAGGUCCAACAGUGAAAUCAUUUUUACCAAGCUCUUCUGAUGAAGAGGAGGCUAAUGUUGAACCUCAAGGCUCAUCAAGCUCAUCAAGCUUAUCAAGCUCCUCUUCAAGUGAUAGUUCUGAGAGUACUCUAAGUUCUGGGGAGAGGCAAGAGGUGAUAUCCAACAUUUUUGGGAUACCUCACGAGCUUAUUUUAGAAACUAGAAGGUUCCUCAAAGAGAAUGGAUCUAUUAAGUUUUUAGAGAAGUACCUUCCCACUACUGCGACGAGUGAAGAUAUUCUUAAAUUAAUUGUUCAGUUGGGAUAUAUACCACGGGGUUUUCCCGAUUCUGAAACCCCAUUAUUCGAACUUAUAAAACUCUUGCAUCAAGCUAUGAAGAGCAUCAAGUCAUUACGCCCGAGGCUUCCCGAUUUUUACACCGUUGAACAUGUUUUAGACAAAUUGGAAAGUGCAAAUAAAAUCUUGGUCAUUACAGGUGCAGGCAUAUCUACAAGUUUAGGCAUACCAGAUUUCAGAUCAUCAAAAGGCUUUUAUGCUCGAGUUCAGCAUAUGGGAUUGACUGACCCACAGGAAGUUUUUGAUCUUGACAUGUUUCACAGUGACCCAAGUCUAUUUUAUUCAAUAGCGUAUUUGAUUUUACCUCCAGAAAAGGUAUUCACUCCUCUUCAUUCAUUCAUCAAAAAAUUGCAAGAUAAAGGAAAACUACUUAGAAACUAUACGCAGAACAUUGAUGACAUCGAAAGCCAUGUGGGCCUACACCGAGAUAAAGUUAUUCAGUGUCAUGGGUCAUUUGCGACAGCCUCGUGCGUUACUUGUGGUUUCCAAGUUAACGGGGAAAAGAUUUUCCCUCAAAUAAGAUCAAAGGACAUCCCUUACUGUUCCCGAUGUUAUAAGACGAGAACUAAGUUGAUGAACAACGAUGAUGCCUAUAUCCCCGAAAGUUAUGGUGUAAUGAAGCCCGAUAUAACGUUCUUCGGUGAACCCCUUCCUAGAAUCUUCCAUCAAUCUAUUCGAGAAGAUCUCCAAGACUGUGAUUUGGUGUUAAGCAUUGGUACCUCUUUGAAAGUUUCUCCAGUUGCAGAUAUCGUUGGAAAGAUUGAUGAUCUUAUUCCUCAAGUAUUGAUAAAUAAGGAUCCCAUAAGUCAUUGUAAUUUUGAUGUUAAUCUUCUUGGAUAUUGUGAUGAUGUAGCAUGCUACUUAUGCCACGAGCUUGGGUCAUCAUGGAGACUUGAGCAUGGGGAUUUUGAUGAGAUCGUUGGAGAUGAUAAUUUAAAUGUAAACACAAUUGAUAGAGAACAAAGGCUAUUCCAGAUAAUUAAUAAAAAAAGAGUAGAUCAGAUUAUAGCAGAGAACCUGUCAGAAGGCGGCAGCUCAUUAGAGCUAUCUCAAGGUAACAAAGAGGAGACGUCUUUGACGUAA